AUGAUGCGUGCCUUUGCGCGAGCCAUCUCGCGCCGCCAGUACAAUGCUCACCGGCAGUUACUUAACCCAAGACACCACAGGAAGUUCGCCUCCGUCAAUGGGCCAAAUGUCAAAGGUCUCACAGUCAUUGAUCACCACUAUGAUGCAAUCGUGGUGGGAGCCGGGGGCGCUGGCCUUCGAGCUGCCGUAGGACUCACGGAAGCCGGACUCAAGACCGCAUGCGUAUCGAAGCUCUUCCCUACCCGUUCACACACCGUCGCUGCGCAAGGUGGAAUCAACGCUGCGCUUGGGAAUAUGACUGAAGACGAUUGGCGUUGGCACAUGUAUGAUACCAUCAAGGGGUCAGAUUGGCUCGGCGACCAAGACGCGAUACACUACAUGACGCGCGAGGCCGUCCCAGCAGUCGUCGAACUCGAGAAUUACGGCAUGCCAUUCAGCCGGACGAACGAAGGCACCAUCUACCAACGAGCAUUGGGCGGCCAAUCGCUCAAAUACGGGAAAGGCGGGCAGGCCUACAGAACGGCAUGUGCAGCAGAUCGUACCGGGCAUGCAAUGCUACAUACGCUAUACGGACAGAGUCUCAAGGAAGGAGUGCAGUUCUUCAUUGAGUGGUUUGCGCUCGACUUGAUGAUGAGCGAGGGCAAGUGCGUGGGCAUAACAGCGCUGAAUAUGGAAGAUGGCACAACUCACAGAAUCUUUGCCCGGAACACGGUGCUGGCUACUGGCGGAUACGGAAGAGCAUACUUCAGUGCAACGAGCGCGCAUACAAGUACUGGCGAUGGGAGCGCAAUGGUCUCAAGAGCAGGACUGCCGCUCCAGGACAUGGAAUUUGUGCAGUUUCACCCUUCUGGCAUCUAUGGCGCAGGCGUCUUGAUCACAGAAGGCGCUCGCGGCGAAGGCGGCUAUCUCCUCAACAGCGAAGGCGAACGGUUCAUGGAGCGCUAUGCCCCUACCGCCAAAGACCUGGCAUCUCGCGACGUCGUCUCUCGCUCUAUGAAUCUCGAGAUCCUAGAAGGCCGCGGCUGUGGGCCGAACAGGGACCACAUACAUCUCCAGCUCUCCCAUUUACCAAAGGACGUCAUCAUGGAACGCCUGCCUGGAAUCGCGGAAACAGCAGGAAUCUUCGCCGGCAUCGAUAUCACGAGAGAACCAAUACCGGUGUUGCCAACAGUGCAUUACUGUAUGGGCGGUAUACCGACGAAUUAUCAUGGACAGGUGCUGGAUGUAGACGCCAAGAGUGGGAAAGAAGCGGUUGUCGACGGUCUCUAUGCUGCAGGUGAGGCCGCAUGCGUCAGCGUUCAUGGCGCAAACCGGCUGGGAGCAAAUUCCUUGCUCGACAUUGUAGUAUUUGGCCGCGCAACAGCACUGCACAUCUCUGCGAAUCACUCCCCAUCUGCGCCUCAUACUCCAGCCCCCGAAAACGUCGGCCUCGACUCCAUCAGCGAGAUAAACACGUUCCUAGACACGAACGGAACCACACCCACCGCCGCUUUACGAAACGACAUGCAAGCUACCAUGCAAUCCACGACGGCCGUAUUUCGUACCCACGACUCAUUAUCCAAAGGUAACACACAACUCAGCGACAUCGAGAACAAAUAUACCACCGACCUCCGCGUCACAGACCGGUCCCUGAUAUGGAACUCCGAUCUUAUCGAGACACUCGAACUGCGCAACCUUCUUACCAAUGCUUCGCAGACGAGCAAGGCGGCAUUGACAAGGACAGAAAGUAGAGGCGCGCAUGCGAGAGACGACUUCAAAGAGAGGGAUGACGAAUACUGGAUGAAGCAUAGUCUGACGUGGCAGGGCAAUGUUGGUCAGGAAGUCACGUUUGGUACAAGGGCGGUACAGAUGGCGACGUUGGAUGAGAAGGAAGCGGCGAGUGUGCCACCUAUGAAGCGCUCGUAUUGA